UUAAGCACAUCAUUUUUUCUAUUACAAAUAUUGCGUUUUUCAGUAAAUAUUUGUAAUAGCAACACGGUAACCCAGCCGUAAAUUCAAUGCGUUUUUCUUGGGAUGGUCAUGCUCUUAUAUUUCAUUCAAAUUAAUAGAUAUGUGGCAAGCAAAGCGUCAUUUCAAAAAAAAUGUUUUUAUUUUUUUUUGGUCGUUUCAGGCAAAUGUGAGCUGUAUGCAUUGUCUGAAAAGAUAUUGACGCAUCUUCCCAAAUUUCGCUAUUAUUAAUAAUAAGCUUAAAAAUAUUAGCAAAAUGCAGGCAUCUUGAUAAUGCGUGUCGGUAAUUUCCUUUGUUAAACAUUUUGCUGUGUAUUGUCUUACUUCACGCUCUCCCAACUUUAUUCAACGCGGUCAACUUUUGAGGAAUAUAAUUUUAAUAGCAAAAAUAUUCGGUAUUUGAAUUGGAGCAAAGCAUUUCCUGUUCUAAUCCCCACGACAUAGCAAAAUAUCAAAUUCCUCGACACAUAACAUUCCAAAAACUUCUUUCCUGCUAAAAUGGUAGUGAAUUUCCAAUUUCUAUGCACAUUGAAUUUAUUUUUGUGACAAAUAAUGUUUUUUACAUCUUGCUGACAAUUCGAUUAUUUGUCAUCUCCUAACCAUGGCGAACAGAACGAGAUAGAAUUAGAGGAAAUUUGAAAAUUGUACAGCUCAGAGUUAACGUGAAAAUGUUUUAUCGCUCGCGCAAAUUAGAAAAUGAAAGAAUUUUUUUCCCGGAAAACGGUGAUAGGUGAGAAACGACUGCGAAUAGUUGAUGUCUAACGUUUGGCAUACCACUUCACAAGAUGAAACAUGAAACAUGUGAGUCCUCAUUCUCUGAAUGUAUCGUACGUGGCUACGUCAGUGGUCAGGAUGCUACUAAGUUUUUACAAUCUAUCUUGAGGACUUUGCUCUGUAAAUUUGUUAAAAUCCAGAAGAAGUAUGUUUUCGCCAUCAGAUCUCAAAUGUGCAGAGUUCGUCAUUGUUUUGCAGGCUAUUGAACAUUGUUGGAUUGUCCAACGUUCAACAUUGCCAGACAUUCUUCAAUAUUUUCGAAUAUAAAACAUUGUCCAAGAUUACAUAGCAUUGUUGAGCGUUGUUAAAUGUUAAUCAACAUUUAGUAUUGUUCUACAUUGUUUUACAAAGAAAUAGAAAAGUCAUAUAACUAUAUAAGAUCACAUGCUGACGUCAGCGGUGUAUAGUCUUCUUGUCACGUGGUAUCAUACUGAUUAUAUCUUAUCGUUUGCUUGAGUAAAUUUGCAUAUGUUUCGUCACAAUGUUCUUUGCAUUUGAUUAUUAUUUGAAAAAUAUUGCAAUGUUUUUCUCGUAAAAUCAUAAUUUUGGUGUCUCUUUUGUGCUUUACUGCCGUUCAUCUUUAUUCUACGAUACAAGUGAUCUUAUGGAUUCAUUUGACAUGGAAAACAGCAACGAUAGCUCUGACAAAGUUAAGGAGAAGGUACGCGUUGUUAGUUUGGAAGACCCGAGCAUUAUCGCUUCGGAUUUUGCUUCAAAUUCUAACAACAGCGUUUGGUCACUUUGUGGAUUGAAUUCUGACGAUCACCACGUUGAUUUGGGCGAUAUCUCGCCAUCCAUUAGCCCCAUAUUUUCUGAGCAACAAAUGGCAGAUCAUUUGCGUGAAAGACUGACUGCUGAAGAGAACAUUUUUACGGGGGAGGGGAACGACCGGGUGGCUCUUUCGCAUGACACCAAACACUUGACUGAUUUAAAGGGCGAUCUAGAGCUUUUUGACCAAGAAAUUAAAGACUUCGAUCACUUAGAUGAUGCUACGAAAGAUGGUGCCAAAAAUUAUAGUCGUUUUGGACAAGAUGAUGAGGAAUCAUUAGCGAAAAUAGCUUCAAAAUUGUCGACAAAUAAACGUGCUCAGAACAGAGACACAAUUUUUCCUCCAAGAACUCGUACUGCCUUGCGAAAUAGGACGCGUCAGCGUGGGCAAGAAGAAAGUAAAAAAGUGCUAGAAAAGAGCGUUACAAGAGACGAGAAACCUAGUGCAAAAAAUUUGGAUCAAAGUAGUUUAGGAGAUGAAAAAGUUACAAAAGCAAACAUGAGUUCAGACAAAGAUUCUACAAUGACAAUCUCAUCUAAUGGGCAAAACAGAUCUCAUAGAGUCACAAGGAGCAUCACUGGAAACCUUAAACCAAAACAGCCAUUUGAACAUGAAGAGAGGCAACCUGUACAAAGUGCAAAAAGCAAGGAAAGUAAUAAAAAGCAAAGCAGAUUAAAAAAAAGUAAAAGUAGUGAAACAGAUAACAAAGACAAGAAACUCAAGGAAGAAUUAUUUACCGACGAAGAAAUUUCAUCUGGCAACGAUGACGAAGGAUCUGAAAUUCAUGAAUAUGACUCAGACUAUAGUCCUGAAGAUGAUCCUGAUAGACCUUGGUGCAUUUGUCGAAAACCACAUGGAAACAAAUUCAUGAUUUGUUGUGAUGGUUGUGAAGAAUGGUUUCAUGGUAAAUGUGUUGGUAUAACAAUGGAACAAGGAAGACAAAUGGAAGAACUGGGACAAGAAUAUGUUUGUAAUAAAUGCAUUGAGAAAAAAGCAAAAGAACAAGAAAUGAUGAAAAAGGCAAAAGAAUUGGCAAAAUCUAUUGUGAAGAAUAAAAAUGACAUCACUACGGAAGAGACACAUAAGAAAGCACGGGAAAAACAGAAGAAUUCUACAACUAGCGUCGUUGCUGACGCAGACUCUAGUGUGAAACUUAACGUUCAGUCUCAGACUCCCACGCAAUCGGAUGAAGUUAAGAUCAAAAAAGCCAAAGAACCGCCCGGGUUUAAAAUCCCGAAGAAAGUGCGAACGACGCCGACCCCAGUCUCACACGUAACCGCUCAAGUUUCUAGGAAAUGCAUCAUAGAUGGUUGUUCACGAAACGCGUUCGAAGGUGCUGUGUAUUGUAGUCGUGGAUGUAUUGAAAGACAUGCUGCACAAGCAAUGAAAAUCUUCUCUUCAAGCGGUUCUGGGAAGAAGCUUUACACAUCAGAAGGAAAUCGUGUAUCUAUGAUUGAGAAAUCUUCGGGACGUCUCGUUGCUGGAAUGACUGCACCUGUCGUUACAAAGCUGGCUGAGUGGAUUUUGAAGAAUCCUUCAUUUCAAGUUCUUUUUUCGGGAAACAGUCCUACAAACCACCCUUCGUCUUCAUCAAACAGCAAAGCUUCAGAAUCAAAACAGAAGAAAGAAGUGGGCAAGAAAAGUGAGGAAGACACUGUACGUAGCAAUGUUAGACGAAUGAUGAAGGAUAUUUUAUUGGAAAGGAAAAAGGAGUCAAGCGACAUCAAUAUUUCAGGCGAAGAAAUCGUAAAAUUAGUUCGCAAAAUCGAAGAAGAUAUGUUCAAAGCGUUCAAAGAUACGAGUCAUCGAUAUAAGGCGAAAUAUCGCACGCUCAUGUUCAAUCUCAAGGACCCCCGAAACAAAGUUCUGUACAAGCGAGUAUUGAAUGGCGACAUUCCGUCAGAAAAAUUGAUUUCAAUGACAUCCGAUGAACUGGCUACGAAGGAGCUUGCUCAAUGGCGGGAACAAGAAACAAAACAUAUGAUAGACAUGAUCAAAAAGGAAUUUGAGGGGGAAAACACGAACAAAUCACGACUACUGAAGAAAACUCACAAAGGGGAAGUUGAUAUUGAUGGUGACGAGGAUCUGAGUACUUUAGUGUCAACAGAUAUCAAAGAUAUUGAAGAAAAGAAGCCAAAAGAAAAAGUUGAAGAAAAAGUAGAACUUCCUUUGCUUGACACGACUGAAGAGCACCGAUCUCAUUUGUUUGAUCUUAACUGUAAAAUAUGCACGGGAAAAAUGGCUCCUCCUGGGGAAAUUGUUGCCACAUCACCAACAAGGACCAAUGCUCCGAUACAAGCAGCUGCUGAAAGCUCUGUUCCUUCCCCUCCACGAAAUGAAGAGCUUAGUUCAUACAAUGAACCCUUAUCUCCAGUGAUCCAUACCACUCCUUCUGUAUCAACUGAUGUUUCGCAAAAGCCAAAAAUUGAAACGAGUAUUUGGAAAGGUUCCGUUACAAUGCCAAGUGUUGCAAAAUUUGGUUCAAACGCGUUUCUCGUCUCCGGUUCAUUAGAUAAUCUCGACCAGGUUUUACCCGACAUGCUUCAGGUUGCAGGUCGGAUCGCGUAUAAACAAGUGUGGGACUAUGUGAAGCAAUGUCGUUCGUCAUCCUCACGGGAGCUUUGCGUCAUUCGCUUUGUUGCCAGUCCGGAUGAGGAAAAGAUCAGUUAUGUUUCGCUGUAUUCGUAUUUUCACAGCCGCAAACGUUGUGGAGUGGUGGGUAAUUGUCACAGUGCUGUCAAAGAUAUGUAUCUUGUACCGCUGGCUUCACAUGAGCCUGUACCAACAUUAUUGUUGCCUUUUAAUGGACCUGGUAUGCCCGAACCACGGCCCCAUAUGCUACUGGGUUUACUUGUGAUGAACAAAAAUGUUCCAGUCAAGCGAUCACGUUCAGCUUCCGAUCGAUCUUCUACUAAAAGUGAAAGCAUAGAACCACCAUCAAAACGAAGCACUGCGGGUGAUGUGACCGUUAAAACAAAUAAAAAGCCAAGUGAUUCACCUGUCGAUGAAAUCGAAGAUAUCGUCUUUCAUUAUCACCACACUCACGGAAAUAAACAGGGAAAAUCCACGAAGUCGGGAAAGGCCGGCAAGACUUCGAGUGGUGCUGGCAAGAAUCCCACAAUGCCGCCCAUGAUCUCAGCGCUUUUGAAGAUUCAAGAACAAGAGAAGCGAUUGCGGGAGUUACAGAAACAAUCUGAACUUCUAGAAAAGGAAUUAGCUCCAACGGUUAACGUCAGUAUGUCCAAGGUUACUACUGGGUCAAUGGGUACGUCUGGGAGUAAAAUCCAAGCAUCCCAAAAGGUACCGUCGUUGCCUCCAAGUGUCCCUCCUUCGUUAAAUAUUAUGUCUCCGGUUCAACUAGGCAAUUUGGCUUCGGUGCUUGGCGUUCAAAAAGAUGCGGUAAGUGUACCAGAUAACAAACCCAAACAAGCGGGUGUGCUGGCAAAAGCUGGAGUUAACCUAGGUUUCCCAGCAGUCAUUGGUCAAACAUCCGUCAGCUCUCAACUUGAUUCUCAUCGUACUAAAAUUGCUGCAAGUCCAAAUGUUGUUUCAAGUGUUUUGGAUACAUCUGUUCCAACAAUUGGAACUCAGGGACCAUCAAGUGCUCCUUUAAGUAAAGAAGAAGAGCCAUACGAUCCAGAGACGGCAGACAGCGAAGACAUGCCGUAUGAUCCCGAAGAUAUGGACACUAUUGAUAUUUCCUUGGAUGAAGCACCUAGCCCAGAAAAGACUACUGCAAUGUCUAGUCGUACCGAAGCUACAGCUAUGAACACAAGCGUAGAAGGAGUGUAUGUUACUGAACAAGCAAAUGUUAUUCAUGGAGUUCAGGUCACUGAAAACCUGAAUCAGAAUAUCUUACAAAAUGCUCUAGCUAUUGGUGCAUUGCUUAAGGCUGCAGGCAAAGAUAGUGCCCAAACGAAACAUGUAACGACUCCCCCCCAACCCUCCAUACCAAAAGAACUGGAGGAAAAAGUGCAAGCGUUGCUGAAAUCAGAAAAUACUGGAGUGAUUCAGCAGUUUAAAGGAGAUCCUCGAGUAAACAGACCAGAAGUACGCGGUUCCAAUGUAGAAACAAGAGAGGCUUACAAUUUUAGUAGAGAUUUGAGUACAAAGGAGGGUGAGUACCCGAAUAGACGAGGCGAGGAGGCAAAAUUUUACUCAUCUAGGUUUUCUUUGAACGCUUCAAGGCGAGAUGAAGAUGAUGAUCACAGACGAGGGGGUUCACAUAGAGGAUAUAACAGAGACAUGCGUGAUAGAUGGGAUUCUGAGCAGGAUUAUCAUCGCGAUUACAGAUCUCGUGAUAAUCGUGGGUAUCGUGGUGAUCCUCGGCGAUGGGAGGACGAUCGACGACGUUACGAUGAUCAAGAACGUAAUCGUGACAGAAACUGGCGACGAUAAGGCGAUGAAUGGAUCAUAUCUUAGACAAACACGUGUCCAUGCUGCUAUGCUCACUGGGAUAAGUUAUGGUUAUAGGAGGGAUAAAGAGGAUAUCUGGUUCCCCUGAAAGUUAUAGUUUUCUCACAGACAUGUGCAUUUUUAAUGUGAGUAUUGAGUACUCAGUCGUCCUAUGUACGUCAUACAUGCCGCAAAUUGUUUUGUGUCAACGUCAUAUGUUGUCAACGUCAUAUGUUGUCAUACAUGUCUCAAGAAAGAUUACACGUUAGACGUGUCGUUUGACUUUAGUCCACUUGUCUUGUAUUUAAGUUAGUGAUGUAAACAUCUCCAUAUGUCAUAUUUUAUGUUACACAUGAUAACAACGUGGUAAUUCCUCUUAAAUUCCUCCCUGAAAACUACUCCAUUGACCUCAGAGUCAUCCUAAGACCUGUCAAAUGUAGACUGCUUAAAGUUUGGACAACUUUUGUAAGAUAAACAGCUUUUAGGCAUUAAUGCUAUAAUCAUGUUUUAUAAAUAUCUUAGCAAAGUUUUAAAAGAUUAUAUUGAAGUUGUUUUUCAUGAACCAAA